CAGAGAACCCGCUCCGCAGAAACGGCUGGGCACACCAUCUAUUCCCAUCCCCCCACUCCUCGGGUCCCACUUCGCCGGCGCUCGCAUCGGUCAACCCGCCGCCACACGCACACGGGCCAUGGCGUCGGCGGCGGAGGAGCAGCAGCAGCAGGGCUUCCGCCCGCUCGACGAGACGUCACUGGUGGCCUACAUCAAGGCCACGCCGUCCCUCUCUCAGCGCCUCGGCGGCCGCCUCGACGCCCUCACCAUCAGGGAGGUCGGCGACGGCAACCUCAACUUCGUCUACAUCGUCCUCUCCGAUGCCGGCUCCGUCGUCGUCAAGCAGGCGCUGCCGUACAUCCGCUGCGUGGGGGAUUCGUGGCCAAUGACGAGGGAGCGCGCCUACUUCGAGGCCUCCGCGCUGCAGAAGCACCGCAGCUUGUGCCCAGACCAUGUACCCGAGGUAUACCAUUUCGACCGGGCCAUGUCGCUGAUCGGGAUGCGCUACAUCGAGCCGCCGCACAUCAUCCUCCGGAAGGGGCUCAUCGCCGGCGUCGAGUACCCGCUGCUCGCUGAGCACAUGGCGGAUUACAUGGCCAAGACGCUCUUCUUCACCUCCCUCCUCUACAACUCUACUACUGAUCAUAAGAAAGGAGUUGCUCAGUACUGCGAUAAUGUGGAGAUGUGCAGGCUCACAGAACAAGUUGUGUUCUCAGACCCAUACAUGCUCGCAAAAUACAACCGCUGCACAUCCCCCUUCCUGGAUAAUGAUGCUGCAGCAGUUCGAGAGGAUGCUGAGCUUAAGUUGGAGAUUGCUGAAUUGAAAUCAAUGUUUAUUGAGAGAGCACAGGCUCUUCUUCAUGGAGAUCUCCAUACUGGUUCCAUCAUGGUGACCCCAGAUUCUACUCAAGUUAUUGAUCCAGAGUUUGCUUUCUAUGGACCAAUGGGUUAUGACAUUGGGGCCUUCCUGGGGAACUUGAUUUUGGCGUACUUUUCGCAAGAUGGACACUCUGAUCAAGCAAAUGAUCGUAAGGCUUACAAGGAAUGGAUCCUGAAAACAGUUGAAGAUUCAUGGAAUUUGUUCCACAAGAAAUUUGUUGAAUUAUGGAGUACACACAAAGAUGGGAAUGGGGAGGCAUACCUGCCCCCUAUAUACAACAGCCCAGAGCUUUUGAGCCUUGCGCAGAAGAAGUACAUGACAAGUCUAUUUCACGAUAGCCUUGGAUUUGGUGCAGCCAAAAUGAUCAGGAGAAUAGUUGGAAUUGCUCAUGUCGAGGAUUUUGAGUCAAUUGAGGAUUCCAGCAAGAGAGCAUCGUGCGAGCGUCGUGCUCUUAAUUGUGCAAAGGCAAUCCUGAAGGGAAGACGCCAAUUCGAAAGCAUUGAGCAAGUGAUUGUGCAUGUUCAAACGUUCGUUCGGGAUUGAGAGUGCUAGCCAUAUACACCACCUUUCUGAUGAGGGGGCAUGUUUUCACCUGUUACCACCGGCGAUUAGUUGUGCCUAUCAUAAAGCAGCACCGCCUGGUUAUUUGUGCUUGCGGUAUUUUGGAUCAUGUUUCAUGAAAAGAAACUUGUGUGGACGCUCUCCAAGAUCAGUUUUUUCACCACUUGGCUAAGCCCUUCCAGCUUCCAGGCUUCCUUAGUUAUGAGCUGAAUAAUGGAAUGUACCAUACACUUCAGCAUAAACGUUUAUGUCCAUGGAUAUAGACGUGUGUAUUACAAAUAAAGUUGAUAGUUGUCGGCAAAUAGAUUGUUGUUGCUUUAUUCC